GUUGUCAGCCAGACAAAGACAGUCAGUCUGAUGUGAUUGAGACAAGGGAGGUUUUCAGGGGGAGACUGGGAGAUAGGGGACUCCCCUCCCCCUUCUCCUCUUCCUGCGCCGGCCUCAAUCCCUCCCCAGUCCCCUCCCGGCGGGCGCCCCGCGCGGAAGACACCCCUCCCCCUCCCGCUUUCCCUCCUCCCUACCUCAGCCGUUCGCACUGGGACGUUGGGGAGGGGGCUGUGCCGGGCGGAGAGAACUCAGCCAGGAUUCGGAGAAUGGUAAAUAGUGCUCAUCAUCUCUGGAAAUCAUAUUGAUCCGCCUCAUGUAAAGUAUGCUCAGUUCCUUUCCAGUGGUUUUGCUGGAAACCAUGUCUCACUAUACCGAUGAACCCAGAUUCACCAUAGAGCAGAUAGAUCUGCUUCAGCGCCUUCGGCGUACUGGAAUGACUAAACAUGAAAUUCUUCAUGCCUUGGAAACUUUGGACCGUCUUGAUCAAGAGCAUAGUGACAAGUUUGGAAGAAGGUCCAGCUAUGGAGGAAGUUCCUAUGGGAACAGUACCAACAAUGUUCCGGCAUCUUCCUCUACAGCUACAGCUUCCACACAGACCCAGCAUUCGGGAAUGUCCCCAUCACCUAGCAACAGUUAUGAUACCUCCCCACAGCCUUGCACUACCAAUCAAAAUGGGAGGGAGAACACUGAGCGAUUGUCCACGUCCAAUGGAAAGAUGUCACCAACUCGCUACCAUGCCAACAGCAUGGGUCAGAGGUCAUAUAGUUUUGAAGCCUCAGAAGAGGACAUAGAUGUAGAUGAUAAAGUGGAGGAAUUAAUGAGGAGGGACAGCAGUGUGAUAAAAGAGGAAAUCAAAGCCUUUCUUGCCAAUCGGAGGAUUUCCCAAGCAGUUGUUGCACAGGUAACAGGUAUCAGUCAAAGCCGGAUCUCUCAUUGGCUGUUGCAGCAGGGAUCAGACCUGAGUGAACAGAAGAAGAGAGCAUUUUACCGAUGGUAUCAACUUGAGAAGACAAACCCUGGGGCUACACUAAGUAUGAGACCAGCCCCCAUUCCAAUAGAGGACCCUGAAUGGAGACAAACACCUCCCCCAGUCUCUGCCACAUCUGGCACGUUCCGACUACGACGAGGGAGUCGAUUUACCUGGAGAAAGGAGUGCCUGGCUGUCAUGGAAAGUUACUUCAAUGAGAAUCAAUAUCCAGAUGAAGCAAAGAGAGAAGAAAUUGCAAAUGCUUGCAAUGCAGUUAUACAGAAGCCAGGCAAAAAACUGUCAGAUCUGGAACGAGUUACCUCCCUGAAAGUAUAUAAUUGGUUUGCUAACAGACGGAAGGAGAUCAAGAGGAGAGCCAAUAUCGAAGCAGCAAUCCUGGAGAGUCAUGGGAUAGAUGUACAGAGUCCAGGAGGCCAUUCCAACAGCGAUGAUGUCGAUGGGAACGACUACUCUGAGCAGGAUACUUGGCAAGUACGCAAUGGGGAGGAGGAGGAGGGAAGAAGUUCAGAGGGAGGCAGAGAAGCAGAGAAGGAUGACAGCACGAGCCACAGUGACCACCAAGACCCCAUCUCAUUAGCCGUGGAAAUGGCAGCAGUCAACCAUACCAUCUUGGCAUUGGCCCGACAAGGAGCCAAUGAAAUCAAGACAGAGGCCCUGGAUGAUGACUGAUCAGGGAGGGCUAACCAUGACUAGUUAACUUAGUUUAGAUGUAGCACCUUAGUGGACUUUCCUCGGUCCUUACCAUGUGUUCUUACAGUUUAACUCACAAUUUCUCGUGUGUCGGGUAGUGUUAGGGUCUUGUUGUGUGAAGAUGGCAUGGUGCCUCAGCCUUUGCAUAUACUCUCAGUAUUAAUUCCCAGUAACUAGUAACCCGCGGCCAACCAGACUUCCCCCGCCCCCAAGGCUAGGACAUCUUGCUGCUCUGUCUUUCAUUCCAAGAAAGUGCUUCCAGGUAUCUAGAUAGCCCUCAGUUCUCAAAUGUUAGGCUACACAUAAAAUCUCGGGUACCUUUAGAUUCAUGUAACACUAGUCUACCCCCUUUCUUCCCCAAGACUGAUAGGAGCAAGCUGAGGUAGUGGCACAGGAUUGACAGACACCAUUUGGGGAGUAUCCACAGCAUAAAAGGAACACUAGAAUCCCCACCUCAGCAUGAGAAUAACCGAUUCCAGCUGCAAUAAGCCGUGCCUCGUUACAGUCACACUGUGGCUAGAUUAUACUUCUUUGGGUGCUGUGCUAAGAAUGUCAAUGGAAAAACUCCAUCUCAGAUUUUGGUUGAUGUUAACAUGCCUGACACAGAUAUCCUUUCUUCUCACAAGCUGUGUGACUUAGCAGAUAAAAUACUGCCUUUGGGACCAUGAUUAAAAAAAAAAAAGACAAAAAACAAAAGUCAUAAGAAACAACCCCAGCUUGAGAGCGUUGGAAAAGAGUAUGAGCCGAAUGUCUGAUGGAUGCCAAAUCCUGCACUUGGCACCACUGUACAUUCCGCAGCAGUUAUCAGUGCCUGCCUGCAAAAGUUCUGCAGGUCAUCGAGGAAGCUGCUUUGCCUCCUGUCGUGUUCCCUUUCCCUGCUACCAAACAAAGUCUUUCAAGGAUGGAGCUAAGGUCAAAAAUGAGUGAAAGAAUUACAGUCUUUGUAUCCAUUAACUGAAGCCCCCUCAAUCUGAGAGGCCGAUAGAGGGCUUUGUAGGGGGAUUAUGUUGACCGACUAUCAGAGAUGCAAACACUUGCCUAAAUAGGAGCAGAAAAAAGCAGGGGACAUUUACCACUUAUCUUGUGGGUGUGUGAGAUACAACAGGAUGUGACUGCUUUGGUGUUCUCUGUAUUCUGUCCUUGUAGAGGUGUGAAAAGCUAUAUUGCUACAGGCAGUUUAUUUAAUAAUUGGAAGCCAUAUUGAUAAUGGAUGUGGUAAUAUUUGUAAAGUUUAAUCUACUUUAAGCGGCAGUAACUAAUGUAAUUUUUUUCCUUGAUCACAUAUGUAGCACUUUUGUUACUUUUUAAAGAUAUUUAUAUUUGAUAAAUCUUUUUUUUUCAUUUUGAGAACUCAAAAUACCAAACAGUGAACUUGCGUUAUAAAGUCACCCUAUGAUCACCUUGUCAUCUAGUAGCAAAAUGAUGAACUAUUCAUGCAUCAAAGAAAAUUA